CUUUUUUCACUCGGAGUUUCAGAUCCUCGAACCAGAGAGAAGCUGCGAAGAGCCAAAGCCAAGAAGAGAGAAGACAACGACGAAGAACUCUUAUGGAUAGAAGAAAUCCCUAAUAAGAAAGCACCAGACUGAGAGUUUCGAAGGGGUCUUUCACUGCAGCUUCAAUGGCUAAGAACGAAGGAUCAUCGUCACCGCCACCGCCAAGGACUUCUUCGUCAGCUUCCCUCCGCCCCUCCACGAUUACGCUGCCGCCACGUGGCGGCAUAGAUGGCCUGUUCGCCGGCCUCGAGGGCUUCAGUCCCGGCCCCAUGACUCUAGUCUCCAGCUUCUUCUCCGACGCCGACCCUUACUCCGAUUGCCGCUCCUUCUCUCAGCUCCUCGCCGGCGCUAUGGCCUCCCCCGCCGCGAGGCCCGACGAUCCUUCUUCCAGGGAUAAUAAGGAGUCCGGAGAUUUCGAUUUCCGGUUCAAGCAGAACCGCCCCUCCGGUUUGAUGGUUCCUCAUCCGGCGGCGUUCGGUGUGCCUCCCGGUUUGAGUCCCGCCGGCUUCGUCGAGUUGCCCGGCUGGUUCUCGCCUACUCAGGGUGCGUUUGGAAUGUCCCAUCAGCAGGCUCUGCUUCAGGUUACAGCUCAGGCUGCACAAGUGAAUUCCCAAAUGCACAACCAAGUUGAAUUUCUGCCUUCUUUAUCAGCUGCUCCUGCUGGAUCACUGUCUCAAUUCCCAUCCUUUGUUUCCAAUGUGACAACACAUCAACAAAUUCCGCCGGCCAUGCUAGACCCUACCACCUUGAAGGAAUCUUCUGAUCUCUCCCUCUCUGACCAUAGAUCCCAGCCUUCUUCCUUGGUUGUUGAUAAGCCCACUGAUGAUGGUUUUAAUUGGCGUAAAUAUGGGCAGAAGCAGGUGAAGGGCAGUGAAUAUCCUCGAAGUUACUACAAAUGUACACAUCCAAAUUGUCCAGUCAAGAAGAAGGUUGAACGUUCUCUUGAUGGCCAUAUAACUGAAAUCAUAUACAAGGGCCAGCACAACCAUGAGCCACCUCAACCUAGUAAGCGUGCUAAAAGUACUGGAAAUUUGAAUGAAAAUAUAAAUAAUCAGGGAAACUCUGAAUUUCCCAAGGAAGGUCAUAUUGGGAAUUUGAAGAGAUCUAAAGAAGGGUUCGCUGCUUAUUCACUGUCCAUGAAAGACCAGGAGUCAAGCCAAGCUACACCUGAAUGUGUUUCAGGAUCUGGCGAUAGUGAGGAAGAAGGUGCAGAUGACAGUAGAAUUGAUGAGAGGCUUGAAGAUGAACCUGAAGCAAAGAGAAGGAACAUAGAGUUAAGGGUUUCAGAGCCAGCUUCAUCACAACGCACAGUUACAGAACCAAGGAUCAUUGUACAGACAACCAGUGAAGUUGAUCUUUUGGAUGAUGGUUACCGAUGGCGAAAGUAUGGCCAGAAAGUUGUUAAAGGAAAUCCUUACCCAAGGAGCUACUAUAAGUGCACAUACCAAGGUUGCAAUGUCCGUAAGCACAUUGAAAGAGCUGCAAGCGACCCUAAAGCUGUGAUAACAACAUACGAGGGCAAACACAAUCAUGAUGUACCGGCAGCUAGAAACAGCAGUCACAACAUGGCAAACAACAUCUCACAAUUGAGGCCGCAAAAUGCCUUGAUUGACAACAAGCAUACUUUAACAAGACAAACAGAUUUGGGGAACAAUAAUCCACAGCCUAUAGCAGUCCUAAGGCUUAAAGAAGAAUUAACAUAGCUUCUUGGAAUCAGAUGACAGGGAAAGAUUCAAGAGACUGGGGGAACUGAAGAUUGGAAAUUAAUUCGCCAGAAGAUGUGACUUCCAUCUCUUGGUUGUGAACUAAUGCUUGAGACCAUGGUUUUAGUCCAGCCUCAACUUACAAUGUGCAAAAACAAUAAAGGACAGGAUAUACAAAGAGAAAAACAAGUAGAUAGUUUGAACCAAAAGGCUGUCACUACAAGCAUGCAAAGAUUUAAUUGCACAGAGAAAUUGUUGUAUCUAUACAAAUGUGAUGGGGGUAUACUGUAGCUGUAGUGUCAUUCUUCUGUGCAUUCUUUUGUUAAUGAUAAUUUGAUGGUAAUGUUGUUGCAAUUGUUACUGUUGCAGUUGGAAUAAAGAGUAGGCAUUUGGGCUUCUUCA